UUGUUGGUAGCUUCCCCUGGCGCCCUGUCCAAUAUCUUCCUUGCCGCCCCGCCAGAUGGCGGAUGCUCCAAAGGAGGAGGCGGCUCUCCUGGCGAAGUUGAAGCAGGAGCUGAAGUCCAAGAAAACUUUUGUGGCCGCUUGUGGGCAACUUGCCAAGAUCUGUGAGGACGAGGAAGCCGCCAAGGGCCUGGAAGAGGAGGGCAAGACGGCCUUCACGGUGCUGCAGACUCGCUUCUCCAAUCCCAAGUUCUGGCAGGCGGGCCUGGAGCUGUUCCUGGCGCUCGAAUUCGCCGGCGUCGCUCCCGCCGCCAAGUGGCGCGACGCCGCCCUGGAGGCCUCCGAUGGAUCGAUCCAGCGGCGCGCGGAGGGGCCGACGGAGGGGUCGCCCGAGUCUUCCAUGUGGCUGAAAUGAAUAGACGAAC